CUCUCGCCGUUCUUCCCUCCAGGGAGCCAGGCUUGCAUGGGGCUUUGAGUCUUCGACCCAAUUGCCUGUCUGUUUGCUACCUCCAGUCCACGUACACCUGCGCCAAUCCUCACAAUCACAAUCCUCAUCGUCGCCAUCUACCACCCUACUACACCACCUCACUCUGGCCGUUCUUUCUACUCCCACUACCACCGUCGUCCUGGGUUGUUUUGCUCCCAUAUAUCCUGCCAGAGCGCCGCUCCUUCACUAAGCCUGCUUUCAUUUGCGGCCGAACUGUGGCGAGGCAACUCAAGACUCGGGCUGUGCUCCGCGGCUGCGCCAAUCACUUCUCCCGCGCUCUCAAGACUCAACUCUGAACUCGACUAGACCACGCCCUGGCUUCCUUUACUUCCUCUUCUCGAACGACUCCUCUUAGGAUAAUCCAUCUGCUCUUCCUACCUGAUAGACCCUGAGUGCCACUGGAGGAAAGAUUUGGCGGUCAUGGCGGACAACAAUCGCCCGCGCACCCUCGACGACGAGUUCGACUUCAGUGCCGCAGAUCUCACAAAACAAUUUGAACAAUUGUUACGCACAAGAAGACUAAACGAACUCGAAGAACAAGCCCGAACACCUCGAUCUGCUUCUCCUCAUCUUGCGCCUAGAACAUCAUCACAUUCAUCAGCGUCGCAAAUCCCACACUCUCCAAACUCUAUACAGUCUUCCCGUUCGCAACAACUGCAGCAGCAGCAGCAGCAACAACAACAACAACAUCCUCCUACAUACACCUCCUUCCGCAGCCACCCUAUAGUACCAUGUCCUCCUCAAGACGCCGCUUCUCUCAAGUUCCGCAAUCUCCUAAUCACCUUGUCCAUGACGCCUACCAAAUAUGAAAACCCUGGUCUGCUCGACGAUGCUCUGACCCACGUGCCAAUCGACAGAAUAUAUGCAGAAGCUGAGGAGGAACAUAGCCUCAUGAAAGUCAUGGCCGAGUCUAAGAACGACGGUAGUAAACCGGAAUGGGGCUACCAAGACUGCGUCAUCAGGUCAUUGCUCAGAUGGUUCAAGCGGUCUUUCUUCACAUGGGUCAACAAUCCUCCUUGCACACGGUGUCAUGGUGCCACCCUGGCUCAAGGACAAACGCCGCCCACACCAGACGAGGUGGCUCGUGGAGCCACACGAGUCGAACUAUACCGGUGUACAAACCAAGCGUGUUCGGCCUUUGAGAGAUUCCCUCGCUAUACUGACGUCUGGACGUUGCUCGAGACGCAGAGAGGUCGGGCUGGAGAGUUCGCCAACUGCUUCAGCAUGCUGUGUCGUGCUGCCGGGGCUAGAGUGAGAUGGGUCUGGAACAGUGAAGAUCAUGUCUGGACCGAGAUCUACAGCGAGCAGCAGCGGAGAUGGAUCCAUGUGGAUCCUUGUGAAGAGCUUUGGGAUACUCCUCGGGUGUAUACAGAAGGCUGGAACCGAAAGAUCGCCUACUGUAUCGCCUUCUCCAACGACGGCGCCACCGAUGUCACACGACGAUAUGUCCGCAACUCGCGCUAUAACUUGCCGAGGACUCGAUGUACAGAAGAAGUCUUGCUGUGGAUCAUGCACGAGAUCCGCAAAAUCAGAAGAGACAAUAUGGAGAAAUCAGUGAGGACACAACUGAUGCGUGAAGAUGAAAGAGAAGAGCGAGAACUCCGAAGUUAUGUCGCAAGCUCGCUGGCUAAGGAAAUGAUCCACUCCAUGCCGGGAGCCGUCAGCCCUCAACGAAGCGACGAAGUCAAGACGCCUGCCGAGAGACAGCAGGAAGCUGCUGUCCAAUGGUCGAGCCACCAGCAAAUGGACCACUCUGGCCCCCGGUAGGCCUGCUGUUGCGACUCUCAGCACCUUCCAUGUCUUGCACGAUUAUGGUUUUACGUCUCCUUCGAUGAUACCACUUUAUACUACCUACGGAAGAUUUACUGGAACUAUUAUAUAUGCACGCACUCGGGCGUACAGCGUGAUUACUAGCAUCUCAUGCAUGCGGAACCAAAAUCAACAGUUUACUAUAUUUUGCACGGGCCUGGCUAUCUGCAUAUCAUCUCCGGAGUUCUCAUCUUGGAUUUCCGCCUUAGUCAGGCCGUCACCAGCAGCGGUUUUUGUCGGUUUACAGUCCACUGGAGCCUUUGAAGCCAGUACGCGCACAGGUUGUUUUGUCCGAAGCAUUGGCGUUCACCGGACUUUGAUGUUUGAGAUGGGGUGAUUUGACUAUUUCCCAAAAGACCGGGAAACAGCCAGCAGAGGACGACGAGGUGACUUUGAUGUUCACAGCCUUGAGUAGAAAGAUGAGGACUGGUUGCAGCUAUACGAAUGAAAUCGUGCGAUCGUAUCAUGUCG